GGAAAAGACAAAGGACUUUUCACAGCGUUAGGAAGAAACGACAGACGAAGUUAGAAGAGGAUGCUUAGUUUGAGGAACUUUAUCACCGGUUUAAGAUCCACCAGAUCUUAUGCUACUACAGCUACUGCAAAAGCUGCCACGUCUGCUUCAUCCGCUGGUGUAUCUCGACCUGUCGAGUACUUGAAGGACAAGGACUCUAGAAAGACCUACCUCAUCAACAGAUACAAGUAUAUUCUCUCCGAUGCUCAAAUCGUCCUUUUUGCACAUCACAACAACCUUCUGCAUAACGAAGUCAAUGCGUACAGAGACCAGAUUAGAUCAUUUGGCGGUGAUUUAACUGUUGUUAGAAACAACUUGUUGAAGGCAUACCUCAGAGCUGAAAAUGAAGCAGAGCCUGCCAGUGUGGAAGCUCAUGAAAAGACCAAGAGGGUAAAGCACCCAUUAUCACAGUUACUCGCUGGACCAACUGCCAUCAUCACAAUUAAGGAGAACAACCCUGCCAUUGUCAACAAGAUUGUCAAGUUCACCAACUCUACAAAUGAAAAGUUGUUUAUAGUUGGUGCAAGAAUUGAAAACAACGUAUUUGACGUUGCCAAAAUCAACCAGUUCAAGGAUCUUCCAACCUUGGAACAAUUGCAUGCACAACUGGCUGGAAUGCUCACGUUGCUCAGUGGUGCAGGCUUGGUCCAAGUACUUCAAAGUGCAUCUCAGCAUUUGUAUCUAACGUUAGAUUCUCACAAGAAGAACAUUGACCCUUCAGAGAAGAAAGACUCUCAAGAGUAGAGAAUGAGGGAAUGUUCCUUGUUGUAAAUAGCUCAAUAAAACCCCAUACUGUGUGUAUAUAUAUCACAAGGCAUACAUUUGUAGAGUCCUACGGUGA